AUCGUGAUCGUGGGUGCUGGUGUCUUUGGGCUGACAACAGCCUUUCAUCUUGCACGGCGCGGUUACAAAAAUGUCACUCUUCUUGACCGUGAGCCAUAUGACCAGACUGGCUACAGCAGCCACGCAGCCAGUGCCGAUCGGAACAAAAUUAUUCGCGCCUCCUAUGGACCCCAAAAGCUGUACGAAGACCUCGCAUUCAAAGCCCUUGAUACAUGGGAGCAGUGGAACGCACGUGUUCGCAGCGAGAGUGAGUUGCCGGAGUUUGUUUCGUCCAACGAUCUCCUUUGGGAUAAUUGUGGAUUUCUGCGCGCUGGGGAAUUGACCGGUUUGGAUCCGGAAGAGACCGCAACCCAGGACAGCUUCCCAGAAGCUCUCAAAGACACCCAAUAUCGAUUGUCAGAUGAUUCUCGAAAGAAAGAUGCCCAACUGAAUGGAGUGUCCCAAGCCAAGCUAGAUCCCUUCGAUCGAUCGCGGCGAGGACUCGGCAUGGAUGGCAUCUUCGAUGCAACCGGGGGAUAUGUCUCUGCAGAUAAGUCGUGUUCGUGGGUCCUCCACCUUUGUCAAAAGUUGGGAGUGCGAACCAGGCUUGGCAAGCAAUACGCGUUCCGUGACUUCGAUCGCAUGAAUUCAAAGAUCAUUGGUGUCAAGACCGGUGAAACUGGUAUACUAUUCCCUGCAGACCUGGUUAUUGUUGCCGCCGGGGGAUGGACUCCAUCGAUCGUUCCGCAGGUCGCCGACCUUCUCCAGACAACGGCCGGCAGUGUGCUCAAAAUUCAACUGCCACCUCAGAACGAGCGACCUGACCUGUGGAAGAAGUACCAUUCAUCAGAAUUCCCUUGCUGGUCGUGGCGCCUUACAGGAAGCACGUUGCAGGGCACCGAGGUGGGUGGUAUAUAUGGUUUUCCUCGCACCCAGGACGGCUUGAUCAAGAUCGGCUUCCGUGGAACAAAAUGGUCAAAUUUGGCAUACAGCAAUGCAGAAGGGCGCCUGGUAUCGUACCCUGAUACCAACGCAACGGGUCUACCGACCAAAGCAAUGAGUAAGAUACGUGAAUUCUGCAAGGAGAACAUGCCAGAUCUUGUGGGGCUUCCGCUAUCCACC